AUGUCAGAAGUUUGUUUCAUUUGUGAUAAACCUUUGAAAGAAAGUGAAGUUGUUGUUGCUGAUCAUGGAAUGAAGACUUUGAUUGAUGCAAGUGUUGAAAAAAAUGAUUAUUUUUUUGAAUACUUGAAAGACAAACAAUCUGUGAUAGUCCACGUGCAGUGUCGUAAAAUAUACACUCGAAAGAGUAGUAUUGUUGCAGCUAAAAGACAGCGCGAGACAGAACAAGGUAGUACAUCCACGAUAAGUCCACCUCAUACUAGAGCACAAGUAAGUGAGCCAGAUUUCAACUUUAAAAUAUAUUGUUUAUUUUGCGGCGUUGAAGCAAAUGAAGAAGCUGAAAAGUAG